AGGAUUUCUGAGAAGUGUGUUUGGGAACAGACAGCAGAUCUUUGUCAUUCUCAUUUUUCAUCAUUUUUAAACCGUCUUUCAGAAAGUGAAAGUAAACUUUAGAUCGCAGGAGAGAAAUGGAUUCACUAUCUGAAAAAGAUUUUUCUUGUCCCGUGUGUAUUGAAAUCUUCAAGGAUCCUGUUGUUUUAUCAUGUAGUCACAGUUUCUGUAAAGAGUGUCUUCAACAGUCCUGGAGAACUAAAGAAACUCAGGAGUGUCCUGUCUGCAGGAGAAGAUCCUCAAGAGAUGAUCCUCCAUGUAAUCGUGUUUUAAAAAACUUGUGUGAGUCGCUCCUGAAGGAGAAGAAAGAGAGGCAUUCAUCAGAGUCUGAGGAGCUCUGCAGUUUACACAGUGAGAAACUUGAUUUCUUCUGUCUGGAGGACAAACAGCCGGUGUGUUUAGUGUGCAGAGAUUCAGAGAAACACGACAAUCAUAAAGUCAGAUCCAUCAAUGAAGUUGUGUCAUCAUACAAGGAGGAGCUCAAUACAGCAAUGAAGUCUUUACAAGAGAAACUAAAACACAAUGAAAAGAUAAAAGAAGAGUUUGAGAAAACAGUUCAACACAUCAAGUCUCAAGCUGAUCAAACAGAGCAGCAGAUUAAACAGCAGUUUGAGAAGCUUCAUCAGUUUCUCAGAGACGAAGAAGAAGCUACAAUCACUGCACUGAGAGAGGAAGAGGAGCAGAAGAAACAGAUGAUGGAGGAGAUCAACAGACACAUCUCAGCUCUUUCACACACAAUCAAAGACAUGGAGGAGAUGAUGAAAGACAGUGACGCCUGCUUUCUGAAGAAGUUUCCAGUCUCGAUGGAAAGAGUCCAGAUCUCAUCACAGCCGGAUCCACAGACUCCUUCUGGAGCUCUGAUUCAUGUGCCACGAUACUUGGGCAACCUGCCCUUCAGAGUCUGGAAGAAGAUGCAGGACAUCGUCCAGAACACUCCUGUGAUUCUGGAUCCAAACACGGCUCAUCCACUUCUCGUCCUGUCUGAUGAUCUGACCAGUCUGAGAUGGAGCUUGACCAGUCAACUAUUUCCUGAUAACCCAGAGAGAUUUGAUGAGUGUUACUGUGUUCUGGGUUCAGAGGGGUUUAACUCAGGGAUACACUGCUGGGAUGUGGAGGUUCAAGAGAGUCUGUGCUGGAGUGUUGGAGUAACUACAGCAUCAAACCAGAGGAAGGGACGGGAUUUCUAUAACACUGAUAAUGUCUGGUGUGUGCAGUAUCAUGAAUCUCCAUUUAACUCAAUCACAACAUUUGGUUUUCCUGUUAAACAGAGGCUGGACAGGGUGAGAGUGUAUCUGGACUAUGACAGAGGAACCGUGUCAUUCUCUGAUCCUGUAACUAACACACAUCUACACACAUUCACAACCACCUUCACUGACACCAUCUUUCCAUUCUUCUGUUGUUAUACUUAUAAACCUCUAAAGAUCUUACCGCUCAGCAGUCAGUAAAUGUUACACCUUGUUACGAACCUCCAGUGAAGAGUCCAGAGGAGAAGGUUUUCAACAACAACAAUAAUAAUAAAUAAUAAUAAUAAUAAUAAUAAUAAUAAAUAAUAAUAAUAAAUAAUAAUAAUAAUAAUAAUAAUAAUAAUAAUAAAACCACUUCGGGUUGAAGAAACAAAGGAAACUGAUCUUCUGUACAUAUGGUGUUUUAUUUUACCAAUUGAAUUAAACCAAAUACAUAAUAGAUACAAACAACUACAACGAGGAAAGAAAGAGAAAACACAUUACUCUUUACCACCCUCUCUCCACCGAGAGAGUAAACCCCCAACACGAGGAUCAAACUUAUUUCACGCUACUGCAGGAACUCCACGAACGCCCCUUCAGUAUCACCCAGCUCUAGGAAGCUGUAUCCAUCUAGACGUCUGCUCUCCAGCCACUUCACCCCCUUCUGCCUGUUCUCUUCCCUUUUUACCAGCUCUUGCUCUCCUGCUGAUUGCCAACAGGUAUUCCUCUAAUUAAUUGCCAACUGAAAACAGGUGUGCACACAGGACCUGUGAAAGACAAAAAAACAGCAGUACAUCUAGACAGACAGACAGACACACACACACACACACACACACACACACGAAGGGACGUAACACACCUGUAGGUCUGGAUCUUCCUGCUUUCAUCAAGUUUCCAAUAUUUCCUCCAUAUCACAUAAGAGUGCUGUUGAUCUGAAUAUUAGUACAGCUGCUGAUCACAUUACGCUAUUGAUAUUAUACAUCAAUAAAUAAUCAAAAUAAUUUAGUGAGAUUAAACUAACUUUUAAAUUAUUGAUUAUGAGUUUCUUAGAUCCAUCAUUAUCUGCUGAGGUGAAGUUAAUA